UAAACCAGAAAGGAUCACUGUGUUCGUCAGCAGAGCUAGCUGUAGCUUUGUUUGAUUACAGGUUUGAUUUGUGACUUUGCAGCAAAAAUGUCUUCGGCUCAGUCUCUGAGACAUUUUAUCACAGAGCGACUGACCGCUGCUGCUGAAGAAAUAUUCGCAGAGUUUGAUAAAACCAUCGUUCGGUACGAGGAAGAGCUGGAUCGCCAGCGAAAACUGUUGGAAUUCUGCUGGAACCCACAAAUAAAGCUACAGAGAAUAGACCUCCCACAGCAUCGUUUCUGGAGAAACCAAGAGGAUUUAAGGGAUCAGCAGGUCUACAAUCAGGAUAACUCAGGUUUGCAUCAAGAGGAACCAGAAUCGUUCCAAACGAUGGAGAGCCUUGAAGAUCUAGAACCUGAACAGAUGCAAGAAAAGCAAGAUGAACAAGAAUUUUGUCAUAUCAAAGAGGAACAGGAACAACAGCAACUUCUACAAAUAAAGGGUGAACAGGAGGAACUCUUUAUUGGUCUAGAGGAAGAGCAGCUUGAAAUGAAGCAGAUGACAAAUAAUUUUAUGGAAAUUCCUUCUUAUGAGGAAAGAGUCCACAGGGAACCAGACCCAGAUGUGGACCACCUCCUUGUCCAAACAUCAUCUGAUGCUGAUAACCAAAUUCAGGAAGAGAUAGAUCAUUAUGACACAAAAUCAAGGAAAGAAACACAAAAGAAUAAUGGGCAUCAGACAAUCAGUGGUCAGAGUGAUGAUGUACACAGUCCAAGUUUAACAAAACAGCAGAAAACAAACAUUAAUAGGAAUCUGUCGUCUUGUAACAUUUGUGGGAAAUCUGUUGUUAGGGGGACUUUAACUGACCAUAUUAGAACUCAUACAGGUGAGAAGCCUUUCAUAUGUUUGACUUGCGGAAAACGGUUUUCUCAAAAAGGAACUUUGUUUAGGCACAUUAAAAUCCAUACAGGUGAGAGGUCUCACUCAUGUUCAAUUUGUGGAAAAAGUUUUAUUCAGCGAUUUAAUCUGACACGCCAUAUCAGAACUCACACACGUGAGAGCCCUUUCUCUUGUUUGACCUGUGGGAAACGUUUUAGUGAUCAAUUGUGUUUCACUUAUCACAUGCGAUCUCAUGGAAGUGACAUUGAACGUGAGUCUGAUAUGUGGACAAGAGUUUAGUGAAAGGAGUUCUUUAUUUCAUCACAGCAGAAAUCACAUGAUAAAAGCCUCGCUCAUGUAGGACCCUUUAUAUGAAAACUCAACAGGUUAUUCUUUUGAAUUUUGUCAAGUUUUUUAGAUUUUAAAAAUUGCCAAAAAAACAGCAAGAGGAAUGUUAAGGCUAGGAUAAACAUAUAUGUAUUUUUGUUUUGCUUCUGUUUGGAUUAAAAGUUUUACUGAUGGUGUCUGAAGAUUAUUGUACAAAUAUAUUCUGCAUAACACAUGAUUUUUAAUUAAUGCUGCUGGCUGACUUAUCUUUUUCCACUUUUGGUCACACCAGCAGGGA